CUCUCCCGUCAAGUGCGGUAGAGGCGUAAUCAGGAGGGAACAGGGCUAACGCGCACUGUGCCACAGAGAGCUUUGGAUAUUGAUAAGCCUGUGACGAAGCAGCGGACAGCAAACUCCCAUUGUAGGCUACGUACCACACUUGUGUUGCGCUUCAUAUAGAGGCGCACCGUGCGUUAUAAGGAGAGAAUAACCUCGUGUAGGCUACAACGCGUGGAAAAGGAAAAUAAAAAGGGAUUUUAAUCAACUUGAAGAGUUUUGAUGUCUCGAGGGAUAACCUAGCAUUCGCCUGUAUUAAUGUGUAGUAUAAAUAACAUUUUACUAAUCUAGCCUAGAAUAUUGUUUGUUUGUAAGCUUUGUCUGAUAUAUACAAGUAACUUAAAUUGUUUGAAGAUUUUCUUUCUCAUUAUAUUGAUUAUUUUUUAGGAUAAUGUAAGAUGUUUAUUUUAAAGCUAUAGGCUAUAACAUUGGGCGUUUUAAUUUCGCACCUGGACUUUUAAUGACUCGACUGGUGCCUUAAAACAUUUUUAAAUUGUGAUACCAAACUAUCUGAGACUAUCAUCCCGACUGCAGGAGAUUAUUGUGUUUGGAACACACCACAAACAGUUCCUUGGGGAUUUAAACACAUCAAUUCAAGAUGGACCAAAUCAUCAUUAAAAAAGUCGCCUUACUCCCCUAGUUCCCUGACAGUGGAAUUUCGAACUGGGUGGACGUUUUGUGUGGCAAGCGAAUCAUUGAGUAGGCUACAAUUGCUAAUUCACUGGAUACUUUGCUGAGACGGCAAGUGUGGGUGUCCGUCCACUCGCAAGGCAAGGAGUUCCAAUUCCACAGAGCGAGCCGCUGUCCCCACGCCUAGUGCUGAGGGGAGAGACUCGUGCUGUUUCCAUAAAUGCUUGGUCUAUCGCGGAGAAUCCAGCCUGGGCAGCAAGAUGAGCUCGUGGGUUUGGGUUCAGCUGCUCCCGUUGCUUGCGGCAUGUCUGCGGUCGGGCAGCGCAGAGGGGGAUCCUCUCCCUCCAGGUUUGGUGGAGCUGGUUAGGAGCAACCCUAUCUCUUCCAUAGAGGACCUGCAGCUGCUGCUGCUCAGUACCUCCGUAGAUGAGGAUUUCUCAGAUGAUUUUUUGCCGAGUGGACAACACUCCAACAACACUAGCAACCGACUGCCAAGGAGUCUGGACGCCCAGCCGGCUCAGCAGGCACUAUGUAAGGUGAGGACAGAGGUGAUGGAGGUGACCCGUGCCAUGUUGGACCGCAGCAACGCAAACUUCAUGUUGUGGCCUCCCUGUGUGGAGGUACAGCGAUGCUCCGGCUGCUGCAACACCAAGAGCCUGCAGUGUGUCCCCGUGCUGACCCACACCAGGCACCUACAGGUGAUGAAGAUCCAGUACGUGGACAAGCGGCCCAACUACUCCAAGGCAGUCGUCUCGGUCCACGACCACGUGGAGUGUCGCUGCCAGCCCGCCCCUCGUCCCCCGGCCGCCCCCAAGAAGAAGUCCACACCCCGCAGACAGCAGAAAGACAACAAAGGAGAGGGCCGUCCAGCCAAGGCCAGAUCCAAGGAGGAGCUGCACCGCAGAGAUGAGCUGAAGCACAACCAGAGGAUCCAGCUGGAAGACCUGCUGGACCAGCACUGGAACCCCAAGGACACCUCCUCAGACGCAGGGGAGAGGAAAGGGGGCUAUGGGCUGGACCAUGACAAGAUGGAUGCUCAGUGGGUGCUUAACUCUACCAGACAGCUGGGGGCUAAUGAGUGGACCGAACGUCGACAUCACGAUGACAUGGAGGAGGGGCGAGACAGUAGUAGUGUCAACGGCACUACAACCGCAAUGGACAUCGACAUGGCACAGCUUGACCACGAGAAGAGAGACAGGGUCGAGACACGAGGGGACUCGCUAUUUAACAUUACUGAGGGAAAUGUCAGUAGGGGAGAUAGGCAGCAGGGUAGUCUGAGCCUCAGUGAAGAGGAGGGAGACCAGGAGACACAGAGACAACCCACGCAAACACAGAGUCCCUCGCGACGCACCAACACAUCAAAGCAACAGCGACAUGGGACCAACUCCUCCUCAGAGGAAACCAAAAGCAGAGAGGGAGCCAAUCAAAGAACGGAACAGCGAUUCCAUCCUACGGAGGAAACCAAUCAGAGGCCCGAGAGCAGGUUCCCUCCCCUUGAGGAAGCUGAUCAAAGACGUAAAGACAAUGAGACCCCUGAUUCAGAGAGGAGCCUCCAGCACGCUCUCCAACUGGAACAGGAGAAGCUGGAGGAGGAGAGGAAGGAGCUGUUGUUACUCCACAGGAGGCUGGACGAUGAGAAGGAGCUCCUGAGACGCGAGCAACAGAAACAACAGCAAGAAGAAGAGGAGCAGCAGUACCAUCGGCCUAAUCAUAAACAUCAAACUCAAACCACCACACAAAGAACAGACACAGUGUCGCCCACUUCGACGCGAGCGCCCUCAGUCCUGGCUGGUCCCCGGCCACCUGCUCGGCCCGGCCCACCUAGGAAGAGAAUGAGGAAGAACAACCGCAAGCGCAUCAGCAAGGCUGCAAUGAGAGCAAUGCUAAUGUAGAACCUACAAUCUCUCUGAAGGGAGUGAUGCUCUCUGUGUUUGUUGUGGACAAUCCAGUGGCGACACCGAGCAGUUCAUUCCUUUCUUAUGAGUUAAUAUUCGAGUGUCAGUAACCAGCUCGUCCUGUGACCGUGAGGUAUUCCCUAAUAGUACUAAUGAUUGUCUGGUGAACCCAAAACAACCCUUGGACGGAAAGAAAUAUGGGACAAGAAGAAUGGGAUGUAAAUACAUACGAGGUUGAGGUGAUCCAUCAACAUAUCUCUGAUCCAUCAAAAGAUGAUCUCCUAUUAACAACAAGAUGUUCCCCCAGUCGGAUCAAGAACAUUGGAACGUCGGAACAGAACAUUCAAACAACAUUAGAACGUUGAAACAGAUCAUUGGAACAACAUUAGAACUUUGGGAGAUAUCAUUGGAACACGGGAAGAACGUUGGAACGUUCACAAGGAUGUUGGACUGUCGUUGGACUCAGUGCUAUUGGACCUCCCUCGUGACUUUUGAACAGCAUAGUAAACCACUCCAGUCAGUAGAGAUCAAGUCGGUUAAAAACUCUUCAUAUUCUCAUCCAAGGCAUGGUUUAUUAUCCCAAGAAGUGGACUGAUCAUGCUUGUCAAGAAGAUCAAAGAGAGAGAGCAUUUUUAUGUCAGUCCAAAUCUCCCGUUUCCCUAUGAGCACAAUACGUUGAAAAUACGUGUUUUUCGUUGAAAAUACUUUUAAAAAAUACAUAUUUCCAAAAUGUUGCUUACUGGGUUCUGACAUGGAAGAAGACAUUUUAUUUUUCGGACUAGAAAGGUACAAUGAUAGAGGACCGGGAAAAUACCAUGGCAAGCAGAUAUUGCAGGGACAAUGGGAAAGAAAUGAUGACAUUUAUAUGAGCUAGGACUGUUGGAAUGACUGGUAGUCUUGACUGAUGUGAGCAGUAUCCCUACAUUGUGCUUAGGCUGCUCUAUAUGUUCUAGUCUAUUCCUGCACUAAGGAAGGUCAAUAGAACUACACAGCAAACAUAUUACAUGUCUCAAUAGUUACACAAUGUAGAAUCUCGUUUUCUAUAAACAUAUUUAAUUGUAUUUAAUUUGAUCUAAAACACUGGAAUUCCAUCAACAACAAUGCACAGGUUUGCAUUCUCAUGUUCAGCUGAGGCUUCUGCACUUCUUUCGGAGAAUGGGAUUAAAACAAGAUGCAAGGUGCUAAACGGGGUUGCAUUACACCUUUAAGUCUGUCUUUAACAUUAUUUAUUCCUUAUAUCACAUAGGUCUCCUGUGUUCAUUUUCAGUAGGAUUACUGCAUAUGAAGCAUUUUGGGGGUUGAAUAUCGAUCCCUUUUCCGGUCUCAAUAUAAUUUGAGCUGUCAGCCUUUGUGCGCACAGACCAUAGCCUAGAUUCAAUCAGAUUAAGCGUUAUGUUUUGGCGGUGUCAGAGGAGGAACUGCAUUGGAGCCGUCAAAUUGGCUCGAAGUUCAGAACAAGAAAGUGUAGGCUAUAUAUAAAUAAUUACGCUCAAAUUAAAAACCGAUGAAUCAAAUGAUAGGAUUUUCAUCAUCCUAAUGGAGGUGUAGAUUUCAUCUCACAUUCCAGUGUUCCAACUUGUUAACAAGGCUGCAUAGGAUUUCUGUUAAUGAGACUCAGCCAAUGGCAAUGUCCGCUUUAGGGAUUAACGCCGGGAGCCACUUACGGAUUUGACAGCUCUAACUCAGUUCCACCUCUGACACCGCCAAAACAACCGCUAUGGGAAUGUUGGCUAAAGGGGACGCGGAUCUGAUUGAAUUGAGCCCAAUGUAACUACAAAGAAAAGCUUUGAAAAAGGGAAAAGGUGUUGCCUGCCAUUCACUGUCUGUAUGAUAGACAGGUGAUGGUAAUGACUUUGUGUUGUUGUAUAACUUUGUGUGUCAGUGUGGUUGUGCGUGUGUAUGUGCGUGUCUGUGCUCGAGCGUGUGUACAAUAUGCGUGUGUAUGCCCAUGUGAGUGUUAGAGUAUAUGUAAGUAUGGGAACAGAAUCAUAUUUAUGUGUUUGAUCACUAACACUCAUGAAUCCAUAAAUCAGAUAGUCCCUUAUUCUAAACGCUCACGGCUAACCAGUCCUUGUCUGCAUAGGGAACAGUAGAGCAUCAGACCUUCUGUAUCCUGAGGCUGUGUGUUGCUUUAUUUAAUACAGAUAGACACAGAAAGGGUACUGGAAUGAGGCGCCAUUGUCAUUUUUAACACAGACAAUUAUGCACUAUCAAAUACAGAAAUUGGGGCUUCUCUCUCUCUCUCAGUUUGUGACAGCACACACAAACACGCCGCAGACUGAGACUGCAGUAUUGUGACCCAGCUAAAGCAAGGAUUGUGGAGAAAUCAUACAGUGUGACUGUGGGCCAGUAAUCCUAGUUAUAACACCCCUGCUGUAUUCAAGCCUUUGCUACAAAAUGUUGACAUUUAAUCUUGAUUUACAGUAAGUUGUCCUAAAAAAAGGGUUCAAGCAUUGCUUUGUAAUAUCCUAUGGAUUUUACAAGGCCAUUUAGUAAAACUAUUUGGUGUAUAAUCUAACACUACAAUUUGAAGAGAAGAAGUGCCCUGAUAAAAGUGUCAGAUAUUAAAAGCAGCAUGGGCCAGAUGUGUCAAGCAAAGAAGCUCAGUGCUUGUGUGUGGGCCACUGCUGGUCACCUGUCAGGUAAAGUGUUCUCACUUCAGAUAGCCUAACUACCAGCCAAACUUAUUUUAAAUAUUGAAAAUGUGGCAUAUGUCAUAAUGCCUUCUUUCAACUGUAAUUAGUUAUUGUCUGUUUUGUUAUGAGUUAUCAAAAAAUGAAUGUUGUGAUAAUGGCCACUUAAUUCUAUUUUGAUAUGAUUAUAAAAAACAUAUGUGAGAAAGUGUA